AUGCCGAAGACAGCUAGAGCUAAAGCAACAAAUACUGUUGCUACAAGAAGAUCUAGUCGGCUUGCUUCUAAAAAAGUGGAAGAACCCACAGCAGCCGCCGCACCAACUCGAACGUCUAAGGCGAAAAAGACAAACAAAACACGUCGUCAAAAGACAGAUCCCGAGGCUGAAAAAAGUUCAGAGGAUAAAAGUAAUGCAGAGGCCCCAACACAGGACGCCCCCGCUCCAACUGAUACGAAUGUUAGUACUACUAUACCGUCAGCUCAAGAAUCGACACAUGCAACGAAUAUUGAUAAUGCUAUCGAGCUGACAGCUCAAAGUCAAGCGUUAUAUUAA